AUGGCAGGUGGCAUUUUCUCCCCACUGGGCAGCUGCUCGGAGCUGGAGAAGGCCAACUGCCACCCGCUGGUGUGCCUGCUCUGCCACGAGCCCUACCAGCACCCCUGCCUGCUCGACUGCUACCACAACUUCUGUGCCAGCUGCCUGCGAGGCCGUGCCAGCGACGGCCGCCUGCGCUGCCCCCUCUGCGGGCACCCCUCGGUGGUGAGGGGAGGCACGGGGCUGCCCCCCGUGGACCGGCUGCUGCAGUUCCUGGUGGACAGCUCGGCCGACAGCGAGGAGGACGUGCAGUGUGCCAACUGCGACCGCUGCUGCACCAAGGCGGAGCUGGACACCAUGUACUUCUGCAACACCUGUGGGCAGCCCCUCUGUGCCCCAUGCCGUGAGGAGACACACCGUGCCAGGAUGUUCGCCCGCCACGAGAUCGUCUCCCUCUCCAAGCGCACCAAAGACAUCCACAAGAAGUGCCCACUGCACGAGGAGCCCUACAUCAUGUUCUCCACCGAGAAGAAGUCCAUGCUCUGCAUCAACUGCUUCAGGGACAUGCAGGGGGAGAGUCGGGCACACUGCAUCGACAUCGAGACCGCGUACAUGCAGGGCUGCCAGCGCCUGGACCAGGCAGUGAUGGCUGUGAAGGAGCUGCAGACCUCCACGCGUGAGGCCAUCGUCCUGCUCAAGGCCAUGAUCGAGGAGGUUCGGAACAGUGCCAGCGAGGAGGAGGCGGCCAUCAACUCCCUCUUCAGCCGCAUGCAGGAGCAGCUCUCCGAGAGGAAAAAGACGCUCCUGAAAGCUGUGCAGAGCCAGCACGAGGAAAAGGAGAAGGCAUUCAAGGAGCAGCUCGCCCACCUUGCCUCCCUGCUGCCCACUCUGCAGGUCCACCUGGUGACCUGCUCGGCCUUCCUGAGCUCUGCCAACAAAGCUGAAUUCCUGGACCUGGGCUAUCAACUGAUGGAGAGGCUGCAGAGGAUUGUCAAGCUGCCUCACCGCCUGCGGCCGGCCCAGACCAGCAAGAUCAACAGCGAGUACCGGGCAGAGUUUGCCCGCUGCCUGGAGCCCCUCCUGAUGCUCAGCCCCCGCCGCUCCGUGGUGGGCAGCGCUGGUGGCAUCGGACCUGGCAUCACUGGCACCAACAUGCUCCCCGGUGGCCAAUGCUCCAAGACCCUCAUGGUGCCCAGCUGCCCCCCCAGCAGUGACAAAAUGUCCACGGGCCCCAUGGUGAAGAAGCCAACGAUGCACCGGUACAUCAGCACCAAGGUGUUGCUGGCUGAGGGGCGUGAGACCCCCUUUGCUGAGCACUGCCGCAACUACGAGAACACCUACCGGAUGCUGCAGACGGAGAUCCAGGGCCUGAAGGACCAGGUGCAGGAGCUGCACCGUGACCUCACCAAGCACCACUCGCUCAUCAAGUCGGAGAUCAUGAGUGAGAUCCUGCAGAAGUCGCUGCAGAUGGACGUGCAGAUCGCAGCUCACUACUCCGCCGUGGAGAUGAUGCGCAGCGUCUUUGAGGAGGUUUGGGAGGAGACCUAUCAGCGGGUAGCAAAUGAGCAGGAGAUCUAUGAAGCCCAGCUCCAUGACCUGCUGCAGCUGAGGCAGGAGAACAGCUGCCUGAGCACCAUCACCAAGCAGAUCGCGCCCUACGUGCGCUCCAUCGCCAAAGUGAAGGAGCGCCUGGAGCCCAGGCUGCAGGAGCCCCAGGAGCCCAGAGAAGAACAGGCCCAGAUGCUGCUCAAGAUCUGUGACAACAAUGAAGUGGCGCCAAGGGAUGCCUCACCUGGCAGCAACAAGGGGGCUUCACUCACCCCCGGGGUGAAGGACACCCCUGGAGACCCCUCCCCAACAAACAAAGACUGCUGCAGGGGCCAGCAGAAGAGUGGAGCAGAGACUGCUACUCCAAAAGAGCCAGCACCAUAAGCCCAGUGCUGGGCACAUGGCAGAGCACUGGGCACAACCAUGCCCUGGUGAGUGACCAGCUCCUCUUGCCCAGUGCCACAAGUCAGGGCAGGAAACAGCCCGGGCAGCCGUGUCUGCAGCACAUACAAAGGCCUCAGGUGGACUUGCUCCUGAAAAACUCUCCUUGUGCUCUUCCUUGCGUGUGUCAGAGUGAAAUAAAAGGGUGCAGUUGUCCAUGUCUGCGUGGUUCUGCAGUGCUGACAAAGGGAUCUGCUGGCUCAGGGUG